AUGAUGAUUUAUAUUUUACAAAAAAAGGGAUUUCGACGGCUAAAAAAUGGAUCGGUACCAAGCAAGUGUCUGUUUUUGUCAGCGACAGAAACAGAAUCCUCAACAAAUAUAAAACAAGGCCCAUCCGCUUCCAAUAAGGCGAUUGAUAUUCAAAAUCAAAUUUUUGAACCUAAACCUUCGUGCUCGAAGGAGCCGGUGAGUUAUGAUGAUGAGCCAACGACAGUUUUACAAGAUUUUUCAGACUUGGAAUCGAUAUUUGAUACUCCACGCAAAGUCAAGUUACGGCGUACAUUACGCCGCAAGAUAAAACUGGAACGCAAACAUAAGGCUGUCAUUAAUUCAUUAAGGAAAAAAAAACAUUCGUCUGAAAAAGCAGAAUAUCUCUUUCAAAUGUAUUAUCAAGACUUUGAAAAAAACAAAGAUUGA